UGGGUAAAUAAAUCAUUUCCGGGUUCAUUAUUUUUUGCGGGAAAUUGCAUGUUUACAUUUUGAGCGAAAAGAAUUAUGAAAAAGUCCGCAUCUGUAUCAUUCCAUUAUACCAGGAAUGCAUUGGCAUCACUUGAAGAAAAGUUUAAAUGUCACAAAUGUGGGCUUUUUGCAAGCAGUCCAGUCACUCUUGGAGGUUGUGAGCACAUAUUCUGCAACUUGUGUUGUGAGGCUUACCUUGGUACAGCAUGCCCCGUGUGCAGUAUUCCAGCCGAUGUGAAGGAUGCUGAUGUAGACAGACAACUGUUCAACCUGGCGUCAUUGUGUGCUAGACUGAGGCAAGAACUGGCUGUAGAUGAGAAAGUUUUAGAUAACUAUAAAGAGAACGAGGAUCCUCAGAUUCAGUGCACACCAAAUCAACCAAUCCCAGGAUCUGCAUCAUAUGAUAAUACAUCUGUAUUAAACCAUGAUCAUGUGACUGAUACUAAAAAUAGAUCAUUGAGUAAACAAGUUGCUGGAAAGAAAGUAGUCCUUUCACCAGCAACAGAAGGUAAAACCAGAAUUAGGAAAAGAAAACAGCAAGAAAAGGAAGAAACAAAGCAAACUAAUGCCACUAAAUGUUCAGAGACUGCAAAAAGAUCUAUUGAAAAGCGUGACAGUAAGAGAGCAAUCUCUAAAGUUCCCUCGCCAAAUGAGAAAUCACCAAAUAAGAGAAGGAAAAGUUUACCGAUCGAUCAGACGACUUUGACACAGUUUUACGAUUAUGAUGAAGAUGAGGAGGAAUUGAAUUGUUCAGAUAAAGCAGAUGAUAGUGAAAAUGAAAAGACAACAAAAAGUGAAAGGAAGUGUAGAAAGACUCAAAAAGCCAUUAAUGUACCAAAAACAAGACUUAGACAUAGUUUAGAUAGUAACAUUGGGAAGGUAACUCCGGAAAAAGUUACUCCCUCUGCAAAGAGUACAUCAACAGCAAAAAAGAGGAAAGGGAAGAAAAAGGCAACUGAAGGAGAUGAGAGUGCUUUGGAUGUUUCAGUUAGUGACACUGGGAGUGUUGGUCAGAGGACACCUGUGUCUGCAAAGUCAAGGUCGAAGUUAACAGGUGUUCAUACCCCAGUUAUUAACAGUGAGAAACAAGUGAGCACACCAAAAGGGAGACAACUGGGAAAAGACCAGAGGUCUGCACAGUCACCUGCCUUGAAUAAGAGAAAUGCAAAAGGUGAAACUCCUCUUCAAGUUGCUGCUAUCAAGAAUGACAUAGACAGAGUGAAGCAGCUGCUUGGUGAAGGAGCUAAUCCGAAUGUACGAGAUAAUGCUGGAUGGACUCCACUGCAUGAAGCUUGUAACCAUGGUUACCUGGAGAUAGCCAAGUUAUUACUGGACCAUGGUGCCAUGAUAAAUAUACCAGGAUUAGAGAAUGACACACCAUUACAUGAUGCCAUUAACAAUGGUCGGGUGGACUGUGUGAAACUUCUAGUAUCCAGAGGAGCCUCUCUCACACUUAGGAACAUGCAUGGACAUACAGCUUGGGACCUUGCUAUUACACAGACAAUGAAGAAAGCGCUAGAGACACCUGUUAUGUCGUCUGCUGAUACUCGGACCAGUCAGCCAGUGGAUGUAUUGGAGUACCAGACACCUUGUCUGAUGGGGACAGGCCUAUCGAGAGAAGAAAAAGUUUUGUUACAGAAGGCAGCGUCACAGUUACAGGUCAAACUGCUAGAUGAAGUCACCCCAGAAGUGACCCACAUAGUGACAAAGUUUAACAGUGAAGGAAUGUGUCCAAGAACCAUCAAGAUUGUUCAGGCAAUACUUGCAGGAAAAUGGAUCCUGAAUAUGGAAUGGUUAGAGACCAGUUCACAGCUUGGUAGUUUGGUAUGUGAGGAAGCUUUUGAGGCACAGGGAACCAGCUUGUUCCCGCAUGCUCAGGCUCCAUAUAAAGGCAGAAUGAACAGGAAACAACAGCUUCCAGGAUUGUUUGAUGGCUGUUACUUUUAUUUCCACGGAAGUUUUGAAUAUGCCAACCCAACAAAAGAAGAUUUCAUCAGUAUUGUAACUGCUGGAGGUGGCAAACUGUUGAGUCGUGAACCAAAGCCGGGUCAUCUUGAGAUGACAUUGACAGUACCGUACCAUGCGGAUGUGAAGAGUGAACUUGCUUCAUGCUGUGUUUACAUUGUUCAUGAAGCAAAUGUUAAGUUUAAACCAAUCAGGACUGCGAACAUGUGUUCUAUUCCAGCUACAUGGAUAAUGGACUGUGUGGCAAAUUUCAAACUGUUGCCACUACCUGAUGUUAGUUAAAGCCAUUUAUCACUUAUCAGUGUUUCUUGAAAAGUCAGAACUCUGAAAGAUUAAAAGAGGCUUAAAAAUUGAAAUUAUUACCGUUUCAAAACAAUUCUUUCAUUUGAUAAAACUUAAGUCACAUUGUUUCAUCAGUGGAAUGGUUUAAUUCAGAACCAACACGUUAAAAUAGUAACUGCAAAAAAGUGAUUUUGAAUGUCAAAUUAUUAGGACAUCCAGAUUACUGUUUAAGUGUUCAGUUAUACGUAUAAAUAGUAAUUGAGCAGUCAUAAUUUUCAUAUUCUGCUGUCAGAAGUAAAACUGUCGGAUGUAAAAUUGAUUGCAUACCAGUAAAUUGCAAGUCGAGUACAUGUAUAUUGAAUAGUAUAAAACAAAUGUAUUUGACCAUAAAAACCUUUUGUUUUUUUACACCUAUUAGAUUGUAUGUAGGACAGACUGGAGCCCUUUGUAGCUGCUGUUUGAUCCAUCAAGUCAUGCCAUAAUUAAAAAUUUGUUUGUGGAAACACAACCCAAAAU